GCAAACGUUAAGAACAAUAAUGGCUCAGGCUCAAAGAUCUCGCCUGCUGACCACUACUGCGAUUCACUUCAAAUAUACCAUUGAUACAUCGAAAGUGCCAUCACUCCGAGAAGAAGACCUGGAGGAGACGUUCGUUCGGGGGAGUGGCCCAGGCGGGCAAUCGGUCGCAAAGACAAACAACAAAGUGGUCCUCACACAUAAACCAACCGGGAUGGUGAUCCAGUGCCACAGCUCACGUUCGUUGUUCAAAAACAGAGAGGAAGCACGUCGUCUGUUAAUUGCCAAGUUGGAUGUUCUCGAGAACGGUGAACAAUCGGUGGAAGCCCAACAGCAGAGAAUCGAACAGAAAAAACAUUCGGAGGCUUCCAGACGCAAAAUGAAACGCCAGGAAUUGAAAAAGCAAUGGAGAGAGCGAGAGUUUAAGGAGGAAACUUGAUUGUUCGAUCUAUUUGAAUACACGUAGGAGACAAUAAAAGCAUGC